AAUAUUUGGAAAAUGUGUGUGUGAGAGAGAGAGAGAGAGAGAGAGAAAGAGAGAGACUUUAUUUUCAGAUCAAAUAUGGAAUUAACAAACAUGGAACAGAAACGCAGACACAGCCCGUCCAAAAGAAAAGCCCACUUGUGUAAUUAAGUAACUUCCCCUCAUUUGUAGAACCGGAGCCAAGAGGCAUGUGUGUAUGCAUUUUUCCCAGCUCGAGCACGGAUUUGCUGCUCAGUGGUUCAAGCCUUCCGCUGCCUGUCUCCUACUAGUCCCGGGAAUUCUGACUGAGUGGUACAGAUGUCGUCGGCUCCCUCUUGAAAUGGGGUCUCAUGACCAAGAACCUCCUCGUUAGUCGUUACGUUCACUUCAGAAGAAACAACACAGUUUUGGAAUUGUCAGUGGUACGGGUGCUGUGAAUAUCGCAAAUCUAUAGCCAGGUAAGAUGCUUGAAUCUGAGUUGGUGGACAUCCAGGUCAUGGGAUUUAAUUGCAGAAACAGUAUAUAAUAGGCUUGAAUAACUCAAUAGAUAAUCCAUUAGAUAAUUGCGUAAAAGUGACCAACUGGCUGCUGGUCGAAAGAAACAUUAAAUAUUAAAUGUCAAAUAUAACAUAACCCUGUAAGUCCUUCAAUGGUGUUUUUUUUUUUUUUUAUACUGAUCUGCUUCCAGUGUUCAUGCUAUUUGUGAAAUUAGCAAAUGUACUAGGGCUGUUUUCAUGGACAAGUUCACUGACUUCUGCACCAGUGUUCCAACAGUUUUCAGGAGAAAGUAGCUAACAGUCACCAGACAGGGUCAUAUGGUGUCACUGACUAAUUUGCAUAUUCACUGAGUCAUCAUGAUCAUUUGCAUACCAGCAAGCAAGUUACAUGAAGAAGGAAGAUUUUCCUGACACUUAGAAUAGAAUAGAAUAGUCUUUUCUAAAUUAUAACAUUUCUUACAGGAAGAAAUCUUUUGGUCAUGGCACCACAAACGAAAUUAAUUUCUAUAAAGAACACAGACAAAAUGAAGCAGUGGUAGUGAGUAGUUGAGUAACAUACACAUAGGAAUAACUCACUUUUCUCACGUCAGUGAUUAGUUGUCAAGAGCAAUAGUGAUCAGUGAUUGGUUGUCAGGAACAAUGGUGAUCAGUGAUUGGUUGUCAUGAACAAUGGUGAUCAGUGAUUGGUCUUUGCAAACAAUGGUGAUCAGUGAUUGGCCUUUGAGAAAAAUGAUGAUCUGUGAUUGGUCAAGGAGAACAAUGGUGAUCAGUGAUUAGCUGAAAGAGAACAAUGGCGAUCAGUGAUUAGCUGAAGAGAACAAUGGUGGUGAGUGAUUGGUCAAAGAGAACAAUGGUGGUGAGUGAUUGGUCAAAGAGAACAAUGGUGAUCAGUGAUUGGUUGAGGAGAACAAUGGUGAUCAGUGAUUGGUUGAGGAGAACAGUGGUGAUCAGUGAUUUGUUGAGAACAAUGGUGAUCAGUGAUUGGUCGAUACAUACAGUGGUGACCAAAGUCAUCAAGUUGGCAACACUGUACUGCACCCCCUAUAAACAACUAUUAAUAUUCUAUUAUAAAAAUAUUUUAAAAAUUAAAAGUAAUUCACAACUGCUGUGUUUCUUUGCAACUUCCUGAGACCUUAGUCUUACUGAAUGGCACCUGAUAACUAUGGAAACAAAGUUGCAUUGUCAAAACAGGAUGUAGGUUGUGAAAAAAAGUUAGUUUAGCUUAUUUCCGAUUAUUUCUUGGUCUUGAUAUGUCAAGGUCUUUGUAAGAGAUCUUUCUUUUAUUAAUAUGUCUGUUUAUUUCAUUCCAGAACCCACUGACCGUUGUCAAGUGUUUCAGGUGUUCACUGCGGCCAUGUGUCGCCUGCCCAUGACCUCCUUCUUUCUCUGUCUUUUGAUGGUGGAGCAGAAAACAUGCAAUGGCAAUUCAGUUACUAAUUUUGAUGUUGAGUUCAGCGUCAGCCUCUACCAAGCACUCGCUGAGAAAGAUAACAGCUCCAACUUGAUUGUGUCUCCAGCGAGCAUCUCACUGAGCCUGAGACUGUUGCAGCUCGGAGCAAGGGGCAACACGUUGGCACAGCUUGAAAGAACCACAGGAUAUGACAUCAACGACCCUAGUAUCCAGGAGGCUGUAUCGCAAACCAGAUGUGACCUGUACAAUUCUAGCCAGGGUGCUUGGCUCCAGUUUACUAACACCCUGCUCAUCCAGAGUGGCAUCCAGCUUCGGCCAGAAUUUACCCGAAAUGCUCUGCAAUGGUGCAACAGCAGCCUCAUUAGUGUGAACUUCAGCCUUCCCAAUCACACACAAGGUCGAUUCCAACAAGCGCUGACAAGCAGAGAUGGCUUGCUCCAAGCAGGUGAGGCAAAAGAAGAAGUCAUGGAGGCCUCAUGGUGGGCCAGUGUGCCUCAUAUGGCAUUGCUGAGCUCAGUGGACUUCCAGGGCACCUGGCAGAAACAGUUUCUGUUCAGAGGGACACAAAAUCUGCCUUUCUCUUUGGCUAAUGGCAGUACCAUCAAAGUGCCCAUGAUGUACCAAUCGACGGAAGUAAAGUUUGGUCAGUUUCAUUUGCCAUCAGAUCAGCACUACUCCGUCCUCGAGCUGCCCUACUUUGGCCAAUCCCUAAGCCUUCUGCUGGUGAUACCAAGUGAAAGGAAGACUCCACUCUCACUGUUUCAGACACAACUCACCGGCCGCACUGUGGCAUUCUGGGAUACAGGACUGCGUCAUACCAAAAUGGACAUCUUCCUCCCAAGGUUUAAACUGCACUCUCAGCUCAACCUGAAGCCCGUUCUUGAGUCGCUCGGCAUUUCAGAUGCGUUCAAUCCUCUUGCUGCUGACUUCAGAGGUAUAUCAGAUACAGAGGGCUUCUACGUUUCAGAGGCCAUCCAUAAAGCCACGAUAGACGUGACAGAGGAUGGAACUGCAGCAGCGGCAGCCACGGCCAUGGUGCUGUUGAAAAGAUCCAGAGCGUCCGUGUUCAAAGCGGAUCGCCCAUUCCUCUUUAUCCUACGGCGUGUAAAUGGAGGUAAGGGCAAAUUCCUCUUCAUGCUUUAG